AUGAUGCCGCCACUCUUCGCCUUGGGGUACCACCAUACACAUCGAAGCUACAAAGAGGCAAAAACUCUCUUAGAUCUCAGCGCCGCCUUCGCGCGAGAGCAAAUUCCUGUCGACACACUUGGCUUGGGUUUGAAUCACACAAACGGCAAGCACAUUUUUACAUGGAACCGGGUGCAUUUUCCUGACCCAGUGGAGAUGCAGCAACAGCUUUGGCGUGAUGGUGGGCGAUUCCUUGUCCUCUCCACGGUGCCCUACGUGUCGGCGGACCCGCGCUUCGCUCUCUAUCUGGAGGGAAGGCGACAUGAAUACUUCGUCACCGCACACCCCGAGGAGGACGAUCUAUUUAUGGGUCUCACCGCAACUGGGCUGAUGACGUGGGUGGACUUCCUGAAUCCCGGUGCUAGACGCUGGUACGGGGGCCUGCUGAAGUACAAGCGGUUCGUCGGCUCCACGAACCAUACAUUCUUUAGUCUAGAAGAGAACGAGCCAUUUGUGCCAAACGGGAUGCGGGAAACGCUUCCUGCAGAAUCCGGGCACGCAGGUGCGGUGCCGCACAGUGAGGUGCAUAACAUUUACGGCAUGUUACACGCUAUGACUGUCUACAAGGGCCAACUUCGGCGCACACAUUUUCACCGUCGACCAUUCGUCAUGACGCAGUCGUUCUUUGCGGGGGUGCAGCGCUACGCCGCCGUGCGGUUGGGCCACACCACCGCCUCAUGGGAGCACCUGCAGGCCAGCGUGGAAGGGUGCUUGAUGCACAGCAUCGCCGGCAUCCCAUUCGUUGGGACCGAUAUUGGUGGCUUCUUUCACCAGCCUGACGACGAGCUGCUGGUGCGGUGGUACCAACUAGGUGCAUUCUACCCGCUCUUUCGCGCCGAUGCGGAUGCGGCUGUGCCACUCCGUGAAGCAUGGCUCUUUGCUGCACAUACGCGCGCCCGCAUUCGCGACGCGGUGCGUCUCCGCUACACACUUCUGCCAUACUUGUACACACUCUUCUGGCGCGCCCACGUGCAUGGGGAAUUAAUCCUCCGCCCGUUGUUCUUUGUGUAUCAGCAGGAUCCCCUCGUGUACGUUGAGCCUGCCAUGCUGACACAGCGGUUUUUCUUUGGCCCGCACCUCUUUGUUGCACCGAUCGUAACGCCUGCGGUGGGAAGCAGUGCGCCGAAGAUGCUGCAGAUGCCGGCUGAGGAACUGUAUAACUUCUGGACAGGGGAACUGGUGGCGUCCGGUGCAAUCCUACAGGUUUCCCAGAAGCUCUCAACAUCGAAGUCACCGGAAGAGAAGGAUAUUGUGCCACUCUUCCAGAGAGUAGGGGCCAUCCUCCCUACGUUCACCGAUGUGAGUGGGAUGCGCAGUACACAUGAUGCAGCCAACUACACGUUGACAAUAACAUUGCCCCGACUGUUGCCGUUGGUGAUAUCGCCCUCGCUGCCGUCACGCGGCGUCAAUAGUACUUUGCUCCUUGCACAGGGAGAGUUGUUUGUAGACGGUGGCAGCAGCUAUGUGGAUUACCAUAACCUCAACGGCACCCGUCGUGUCGCUUGCGUUCUUGCCUUUGAGUGCAGUCUAUUGCCCAAUAGGAGCUAUCUGCAGGUGCAAUGGCGCACCACUGCGUCAUCGUCGUGCGGCGAGGUGCUUGAUGAACUACGUGGAACUUCUGUGGGUGUUUCUGGACCAGACGCAUUCCUUAUCACACGUUUGCGCUUGCUCUUCGCUACGCCAGACGACAGCGAACGCGUGGUGGGUGGUGGACGUGCGACGGGGGGCGACGGGCAGGAGCUGUCGCUCCUAAAGGUCAGCGAUCAUCUGGUGGAAGUGCUGGGGCUCGCAGUGCCGCUGUUAACAAAUUAUGGAGGUGACGAGGAUGACAAUAAUAGCAACGGUAACGUUCCACGUCUGGUGGCAGCGAUGCGCUUGGGGUAA